UAAUACCAUAGGCUAAACCACAAAAAUAUAUUCCCAUUUCAUUCAAAUACAAAAUAAAUACAUAAACAAGUUACAUCUUCAAGCAUAUUAUAACAAUCUUUGAUUUAAUUAUCAAACUCAAAUCUUCAAGUUUAAUUCGAAGAUCAAAAAAAUGGAGAUGAACAAGAAAGGAGUUGAGCAUCAAGAUACCGAGUUAAGACUCGGAUUACCCGGAACCGAGUUUAAAACUAUGGUUAAUAAGAGAUCAUUUUCUGAGAUUAAGGAAGAGAGUACUACUUGUAAUGUUGACAAAUCUGAAGAUAAUACCCCUCCACCUCCAAAGGCACAAGUUAUUGGAUGGCCACCAGUUAGAUCUUACCGUAAAAACUGCCUCCACGCAUUGAAAAAAGAGGCAGAAGUUGGAGGAGUUUACGUAAAAGUUAGCAUGGAUGGAGCUCCUUAUCUUAGAAAGAUUGACAUGAAAUUGUACAAGUGUUACUCGGAGCUCCUUAAGGCCUUGCAGGACAUGUUCAAAGUUAAACUUAUUGGUGAAAACUCAGAGAAAGAAGGCAACAAUGGAUCAGAAUUUGUACCAACAUAUGAAGACAAAGAUGGAGAUUGGAUGUUGGUUGGAGAUGUGCCAUGGGAGAUGUUCAUUAAUUCUUGCAGAAGGCUGAGAAUUAUGAAAGGAUCCGAUGCAAGAGGGUUGGGUUGUUUGGCCUAAAUCAAAUAAAUUUAUGUUUCUUUUUUUCUUUUUGGGUAAAUGGAGUUUUUUUAAUUUCCCUUUUCUUUUUUCUCUUUUUUUGGAAAAAGGAGUAAUUUUUUUUCAUGUAAAUUUGGGAGGUGAUCAGUUUUUGAUCUUUUAACAUCUCAUUUUCAUGUAUAUAGUGCUCCUUAUAAGCUUAAAGGAACCCCUAUUUUUUGCACAAAAUGUUAUGUACGGUCUUUCAUGUAAAUAUAUAUUGAUGAAAGAAAAAGAACUUUUUGUUUACGAUCCA